CAGCGCGCACCAGACCGCCACUUCCUGACAGGGUUACCGCCAAACUUUAAACAACAAGCUGCAGCUCUCACCGCUCUGAUUAACAAAUAGGUUUAUUCAUUUGCAGAAAAUGUCUUUAACUCCAAAGAGGUCGUGUUCUGACUCAAUAGACGACACUAUGAACGACUCCAUGGAGAAGAGGAUACGCCGGAUAUCAAUUGAGGGAAAUAUUGCGGCGGGCAAAUCUACCUUUGUGCGGCUUUUGGAGCAGGAGAGCGGGGACUGGGAGGUGGUACCAGAGCCGAUCGCCAGAUGGUGCAAUGUCCAAACAAAAGGCAGUGACUUUGAGGAGCUGACCACCUCUCAGAGGAGUGGGGGGAAUGUGUUGCAGAUGAUGUAUGAGAAACCUGAGAGGUGGGCCUAUACCUUCCAGAGCUACGCCUGCAUCAGCAGAGUGCGCGCUCAGAUCACGUCGGCCAAUGGGAAGCUGCGAGAAGCCGAGAACCCUGUGCAGUUCUUCGAGCGCUCCAUCUACAGCGACAGGUACAUCUUUGCAGCCAACCUGUAUGAGAGCGAGUGCCUGAACGAGACGGAGUGGUCCAUCUAUCAGGACUGGCACGGGUGGCUGCACAGCCAGUUUGGAAAGCACAUCGAGCUGGACGGUAUCAUCUACCUCAGAGCGGCCCCGGAGAAAUGUUUACAGCGGUUGCAUCUGAGAGGCAGAGAAGAAGAGCAAGACAUCCCUCUGGAGUAUCUGGAGAAACUCCACUUCAAGCACGAGAGCUGGCUGCAGCACAAGACCAUGAGAACGGAUUUUGAGUAUCUCAAUGAUGUGCCCGUUCUGACCAUAGAUGUAAAUGAAGACUUUAAAGGAAACAACAGCAGGAGCGCUGACAUGAUUGAGAAGGUCAAGGAGUUUUUGAGCACUUUGUAAAAUUCAACUGAUGAUAGAGAUUUAAUUUUUUGCUCAAAGAAGAGAACCUGGAUGGAGUUUUUUUAUAAUGAUGAAAUGUAUCAACAACUUAUUUGUCUACCCCCUACAAUCCCCAUUAAUGAUCUGACAUGUGGCGUUUUUCUAAAAAAACGUUUUUAUUACUGUUUUCUUACAUUGUUGGUGUAUUUAUAAAUAUUUUGUGUGCAUAUGCAUGCCUGUUGGUCCUUACAAAUGACAAUAAACUUGAAAUACUUUAUUAA